AUGGCCUUUAACAUCACCACCUUGCCAGAGAGCAGUCGCCCACACCUUGAAAUCAACUUUCAUUCCUCAACAUCAGGUGACAUCGGGUAUGAUGUCUUCGUCACCAACCUGUGUGUGGCCGACUGUCUCAUGGGUGUGUAUUUAUUGGUUAUCGGUGUCGCAGAUUACAGGUACAGAGGCUCUUACCUGUGGGAGGAUGUCGACUGGAGGAACAGCGGCUUGUGCAAGGUUACAGGCUUCGUGUGUUUAUUGUCAAUGGAGAUGUCUGUGUUUAUGAUCUUUUUAAUCACUACAGACCGCUUUUUAGUUCUUCGUUUUCCUUUUAGUUCUUUUCAUUUUAAUAAACGUUCAGCACAGCUUACAUGUGGACUUGUCCUUAUUUACUGGUCUAUUCGCGCGACCUCCAUGUGUGUGUCCAGCACAUCCAAAGCUACUAAAGACAUUACUGUAGCACGACGGCUAAUCACUGUAGUAAUGUCGGACUUUUUGUGCUGGUUUCCUGUCGGUUUAACGGGAAUUCUCGCGACCUAUGACAUUCCUAUCUCGGGAGAGGUCAAUGUGGCGAUGGCUAUUUUUAUUUUGCCUGUUAACUCCGCAUUGAACCCCUUCCUUUACACGUUUAACAUUUAUUUGGAGAGGAGACGACGAGCUGGAGAAGUAGAAAGACAAAAAUGGAUAAUGUGUCAACUGAAAUCGCAGAGGAUUGUAAGACAGAGGGUGUUUAAGACCUAA